UGAGGACCAGCUGGCGCGGAGGCUGCGCUCUCUUCUUCCCGUAACCCGCCGCGGGUGGGGGAGAGUUUAGUCUUGUAGAAAGGCGGAGACGCCAGGACUUGGGGGAGGAUGUCAGUCAGCAGCCUAGUUCAGAACCCCUGUGAUCUCAAAACAGAAUUGUUGCAACAGGCUCCCGGGAGUCCUAAACAAUUCAUCUUGGGACUGUUUUUCCUGUUGUGAUUACAUCAUGGAGAAUCAAUUGGCUAAGUCAGUAGAAGAACGAACAUUUCAGUACCAGGACUCUCUUCCAUCACUGCCUGUUCCUUCACUUGAAGAAUCAUUAAAGAAAUACCUUGAAUCAGUAAAGCCAUUUGCAAAUGAAGAAGAAUAUAAGAAAACUGAAGAAAUUGUCCAAAAAUUUCAAAAUGGAAUUGGAAAAAAAUUGCACCAGAAAUUACUUGAAAGGGCAAAAGGAAAAAGAAAUUGGCUGGAAGAGUGGUGGCUGAAUGUUGCCUACCUGGAUGUUCGUAUACCAUCACAACUGAAUGUCAACUUUGCGGGUCCUGCGUCCCACAUGGAACACUACUGGCCUCCAAAGGAAGGCACUCAAUUGGAAAGAGGAAGUAUAAGUCUUUGGUAUAACUUGAGCUUCUGGCAGCUGUUAAGAAAAGAAAAAUUGCCUGUUGAUAAAGUUGGGAAUAUUCCUCUAGAUAUGAAUCAAUUCCGAAUGCUGUUUUCCACCUGCAAAGUUCCAGGGAUUACUAGAGAUUCAGUUGUGAGUUAUUUUAGGACUGAAAGUGAAGGAAGUUCCCCAAGUCACAUUGCAGUAUUGUGCCGAGGCCGAGUUUUUGUCUUUGAUGUAAUACAUGAAGGAUCUUUGAUCACCCCACCAGAGAUUCUCAGACAAUUGACAUACAUCUACAAGAAGUGCCAUAAUGAACCUGAUGGAACUGGAAUAGCAGCAUUAACUAGUGAGGAGCGAACUCGAUGGGCUAAGGCAAGAGAAUAUUUGAUUAGUCUUGAUCCAGAGAACUUGACUCUGCUAGAAAAAAUUCAGAACAGUUUACUGGUAUAUUCUAUAGAGGAUGGCAGUCCACAUGUAACACCAGAAGAUUAUUCUCAGUUAACUGCAAUGACCCUUACUGGAGAUCCAACAGUACGCUGGGGUGACAAAUCCUAUAACUUGAUAUCCUUUUCUAAUGGAGUAUUUGGCUGUAAUUGUGAUCACGCUCCUUUCGAUGCAAUGGUUAUAGUAAAAAUCAGCUAUUAUGUUGAUGAGAAGAUUUUUGAGAAUGAAGGAAGGUGGAAGGGUUCAGAGAAAGUACGAGAUAUACCACUUCCUGAGGAGCUUGUUUUCACUGUGGAUGAGAAAAUAUUAAACAACGUCAACCAAGCUAAAGCCCAGUAUCUCAAGCAGGCAUCUGAUCUACAGAUUGUGGUGCAUCCCUUUACAUCUUUUGGCAAAAAGCUAACCAAGAAGAUGAAGCUUCACCCUGAUACAUUUAUUCAGCUUGCACUUCAGCUGGCCUAUUACAGACUUCAUGGGCGCCCUGGUUGCUGCUAUGAAACAGCUAUGACAAGAUAUUUUUAUCAUGGUCGUACAGAGACUGUGCGAUCAUGUACAGUAGAAGCAGUCAGGUGGUGCCAGUCCAUGCAAGAUCCUUCUACCAGUCUUUUUGAGCGGCAGCAAAAGAUGUUGCAAGCUUUUGCAAAACAUAAUAAAAUGAUGAAAGAUUGUUCAACUGGAAAAGGAUUUGACCGUCAUCUUUUAGGUCUUUCACUCAUAGCAAAAGAGGAAGGUCUUCCUGUUCCAGAACUCUUUACAGAUCCACUUUUCUCCAGAAGUGGAGGAGGUGGAAACUUUGUUCUCUCAACAAGUCUGAUUGGUUAUUUAAGAGUCCAAGGAAUGGUGGUUCCCAUGGUACACAAUGGCUAUGGAUUCUUCUAUCAUAUCAGAGAGGACAGGUUUGUCGUAUCCUGUUCAGCCUGGAAAUCAUGUCCGGAGACUGAUGCAAAAAAGCUAGUUCAGCUGACUUUCCAUGCUUUCCAUGACAUGAUGCAGCUGAUGAACACCCCUUAUCUUUAGAGAUUAUACAUUAAGCACUUAACCAAAAUAUAUCAUUUAAACUGGGUGCUGGGAGUAGGGUGGUGAGGUGAGAUAGGAAGGAGUAUUGACUUGAAGGAAACAUGUUAAAUGUAGAGAUUAGUAGAAUCAUGCUCUAAAUUUACUGUGACAUAGAAAGUAGAAAUAUUUUUAAGCUUCCUUUGAUGCAGCAGCAAUGCAAAUUAUGACAUAGUGAAUAUAGAACAGUGCAAAGUUUAAGAUAAGCCUCAACAAUGCAGAUCCACAACUUUUAACAACACAGGUCUUACUCUAACUUUUCAAUACAGGUUGGUACCUAUAUAGUUUAUAAAUUCUCUCUCAACACCAUUGUAGAGUCUAUCUUUCAAGCACUUUAACAUUUUCUAGUUGCCAAAGGGUAUGAAGUACAUGAUUGGAUAUGAAUUACAUGAUUGGAUGCUAAUUUCCCUGAAAUCAAUGUCUUCCACUUUCUCUACAGGCAUACAAGCCUACUAUGUUUGGAAAAGACUACUACAAUUUAAUAGCUAUCUUAAAAAAAAAAAAAAAAUAGAGCCUAUCAGAAGAAUUAGAUUGUAGUAGAGAGGUUUAUACCGGUACUUUGACACAUGGGAAAAAAAACCCCUUAACAAAAUGCAUCAUAGUAUAUUGUAAUUAGUUUUGUGAACAUAAAAUUAAAGCACUUAUAUUUAAAAUUAGUUGUCGAUGACUUCGAAAUGAUUAAAUAUUGACUAUCAGAUUCUCAGGGUUUUACAGUUCUUUUUCUUCUCUGUUCGAUUUUGUAGUUUUCUACUACAACUCAAAAUCAUAUAGUUUAUCGUGUUUAAAUAAGUGAUUCAUUCCUGUUUGACCUUAUACUUUCUGAUCUAACUUAUGUAUUGUUAUAUAAUAAACUGCCCCAAACUUAC